AUGACUCUCUACAACGUUACCCUCCGGAAGGAUGCUCCCCCUGAGGAACUAGAGAAAGCAAAGGAGCAGGCCAGGAAGGAAGGCGGCGAUAUCAAGCACGAGUUCAGCCUUAUCAAAGGUUUCACUGUUGAAUACCCGGCGGAUGCCGUUCGUGCUCUUGAAACAAACGAGCAUGUCCAUGUUGAGCAGGAUGGUGAAAUGAAGACCCAGGUCUAA